AUGGAAACCAGGGAAAUAUUGAAGUCGCUUGAAGUACCUUCUAAGGUGCAGAUACCCGAUGAGGAUAGCUUAAAAGAAGCUAUAUGGAAAACCGUUGAUUACGUCUUUCGAAAUGGUCGCGAAUUUGAACAAAAGCUUUCGCUAACGCAGUUUCCUUUCAUUGGUGAAGAAAGUGAAUUUCGACCAUAUUACGAGCAUCUGCUGGGUUAUAUGUUUGGAAAUUCGUCUGAUGUGAAUACCACGGGUAGAGAUGCUGAUUCAGAGGUUUCUGAGCCCCCCGCUCAGCUGGCAAUAGAUGAAGACAACAAUCGCGAUUGUGUACGUGAAGCACCUGAGACGCCCGUACCGUUUGUUUUCAGUGCACAUAAAGCUGAACUGGCUGCAUUUGAUUUGGAAAUUCUGAAAACUACUGCUUUGUUUUGUGCGAUAAAUGCGAAGAACAACUAUCUAAGCUUGAUAACAGAACGUUAUAAAGACGACGAAACGUUUGGGUUUUUGAAAGGAAACCAUGUCCUGAAUGAGACGUUUAUGGGACUCAUAAUACAAUACCAGAAAGUCCUGGAGGGCGAUUUCAAGCAUCUGACGGAUCUUGACAGGAAUUUUCAAAAAACUGUGCUGACCCGAAGUUUCCAGCGAGCCAGAUACGAGGAAUACGCUCAAGAGCAACAAAUAGAAUUGAAAAAGGCCUCUGAUAGACUCAAGAUUAAGUUCUCUGCGUGCAAUUGGGAAAACUUCACGCUCGUGGGCAAAGUGGUUUUUGACGAAUCGUCACCUGCUGCCAGCGAGCCACUAGACUUCAAGAAAAUCAGUCAGUUGUCACUCAUUCAAAGUCCAACCGACGUGUUCAGCUCUGCGCAGCUGCUUUUCGAAUCAGAAUCGCUUGAGAUCGAGACUCCAAGUAAGCCCCAGUCCAAAAAGAAAAACAAAAUUAAAAUCAAAGCCGCAGGAGAGACACGGUUGAAGGGAACUAGGAGAUCUCUUGAGCCGGAAGGAACUGCAACAAAUCUUAUAGAGUGUCCAAUCACGGGUAAAAUGGUCUUGGAAAAUGACUUCGAUCGCCACCUACAAAUCUUGCUCAGUGAUCCUAACUAUGUUGCGGAACGCGAGGCCUAUAAGGCUAAAACCGGUAUAUCGAAUCUCACCACUCAAAACGUUCAUGAAAACAUCAAAAAGUUAUCCAUGGAUCCGCAACAGAAGCAGUUGUCCAAACGGCAAAAAACAAACUAUCAUUAA